AUGGAAAAUUGAAUUAAGGAUCAUUGUUGCCUCCUCUCGGAUCUUUCUGUCGAACUCUAUAGCCCGGCGUUGCUGACGAGAAAUCUUCAGGUAGACUCUUUGUCUCUCUCUCUCUCUCUCUCUCUCUCCUGAAUCCGAUAAAAGGGAUGUAUCUGGACUAGUUUUCAAUUCUCACCACUUAUCUAUAAACCCUCUUGUUGAUGGGUUUUCUUUCCCGUUAGUAAUUGCUUUUUUUGAUUUGUUGAAGCUCCUUCAAUGGCGGAAAAUAGCCUUCUCUUCCUUCUCAUACUCUUGAUUCCUAUCUUAAUCUUUGCCAUUCUAGCGUUCAUUGUUCGCCCUCGUCCCGUUAAGAUCCCAAUUAAGGGUCGUCAUAUCUUCAUUACUGGUGGGUCGAGUGGUAUUGGCCUUGCCAUAGCACAUCAGGCUGCUUCAGAGGGCGCUCGAGUUUCAAUCCUUGCUCGUAAUCGGGACAAGCUUGAAGAAGCUCGGAAUUCUAUUCGCCUUUCUACUGGAAUUGAUGUUUCCAUCUUCAGUGUUGAUGUUCGAGACUACGAAGCUGUUCGGAAAGCAAUUGAUGAUGCAGGCCCCAUUGAUAUACUUGUUUGCAAUCAAGGAGUUUUUACUCCAGGAGAACUGGAGUCGCAGGAUUUGGAGACUAUUAAGUUCAUGAUCGAUGUGAAUCUAAUGGGUACUUUCCAUCUGAUCAAAGCAGCACUUCCUGGGAUGAAGAACAGAGGUGACAGUCUACCUAGUUCGAUCGCUCUAAUGUCCUCGCAGGCUGGUCAGGUGGGCAUCUAUGGUUACACUGCUUAUUCAGCUAGUAAAUUUGGCCUUAAAGGGUUGGGUGAGGCACUGCAGCAGGAGGUCAUUGGGUAUAACAUCCAUGUGUCCCUUAUAUUCCCUCCUGACACUGAAACUCCAGGUUUUGCUGAAGAAAACAAGGUAAGGCCACAGCUCACCAGUAUCAUAGCUGCUACUUCUGGUGCAAUGAAGGCUGAUGAAGUUGCCAAGCGAACCUUAAAUGGCAUAAAAUCUGGAACAUUUAUUGUAUCGUGCAACUUGGAAGGGUUCUUUCUGUCUUUAGCAACUUCUGGUUUAUCACCCCAGAGAUCAGCCCUAAUUGCCUUCUUUGAGGUUGUUGGUGCUGGUUUUUUACGUAUCAUAGCUCUAGCUACACAGUGGAAUUGGUAUGGGAGUAUAGAGAAGUGGCAUGUGCAAAAGAAUAGCAAGUCCUCAACAAAAUAAGAAGUCUCUCUUUAAGAGUACCAGCCUUCCCUUCUUGUUUGAGGAUUUUUUUUCCCCCUGUUUCACCUUUCCUUGAUGUUCAUGGAUAUAGGAUUGUAAAUGAUUUCUGGAACUACUUGAUAUUUUCUGUGAAAUUUUGUCAAAGGAAGAGGUCUUAGUGCAUUUGGUGAUGCAAACCUCUUAGUGUGUUCACCGUCCUUGAAUUUUGAUUAUCCUUCAUAAUAUUAUGUUGGUUUGGGAUUCUUACUAA